GUCGAGAGGAGUUGGAAGAACGCGCUAAACAUGUCUGAAGACUAAUCAGCGAGAAACCACAUGGAGUCCUUAAGACGUCGAGCUGCUCCGUUGACGAGGGAGGUAGGUCUUUUUCCCUGCAUCUUGUUUCUGCGCUCAGGAUCUUGUCUGUGUGACGACCAGCAAAAUGUCUUCGCACCAUCAUACGUCUUAUGUCGCCGUGAUCGGGGGCACUGGAGCCCAAGGCAUCCCAGUUGUCCGAGGGUUGGUCAAGGACAAGAAGUACAAAUGUCGGGUCAUGACGCGAGAUGUCAACUCCCACAGGGCUAAAGAACUGGUUGCAAUGGGCAAUGUGGAGCUGAUGGAGGGCACUUUCGCCAGCGAGGAGGAUCUUCGCAAACUGUUCCGAGGCUGCGACGGGGCCUUUGUCAACAUCGACGGUUUCAACUGUGGCGAGAAGACCGAGAUCUAUUGGACGAUCAGAUCAUACGAGCUGGCUCUCGAGGAGGGCAUCAGGUUCUACGUCUAUGGCAACCUCGACUACGUCUACAAAAAGAGCGGCUAUGAUCCACGAUUUCGCACCGGUCACUAUGAUGGCAAGGGCAGAAUGGCAGAAUGGAUGCUUGCUCAGAACCAGGCCAACAGCCGCCGCAUGGGCGUCGCAAUCUUCACCACAGGGCCCUACAUCGAAAUGAGCAUCGCCAAAGCCACCAUCUUCACGCCCAAGGUCGAGAACGGUAUUUUGACCUGGCGCUGCCCCAUUGGAGACGGGGCAGUAGUUCACGUCUCCCUGGAUGACUGUGAGUACUAUGCUCGCUGGCUGUUCGACCACCCAGAGAGGUCAAACGGCAUGGACCUCGAAGUUGCAAUCGAUCACAUUCACUAUGCCGACUUAGCAAAGGCGUUUGAGAAGGUCACAGGCCACCCAGCCAGAUACAUUGACACAGACCUGGACACCUACUGGGCCACUGGAAACGUGGCGGGUGCUGCCAAUUCUGGAGCAGGGUACAACUCCGACCCCAACGACCCUGCCUUCAUGACCUUCAAACAGAACUUCACAGGGUUCUUCAACAUGUGGAAGUAUUCCGGGCGCAACGAGGGCGUCAUUCGUCGAGACUAUAAGCUACUCGACGAGAUCCACCCCACGAGGAUCAGGUCUGCAGAAGAGUUCUUUCGAAAGGAGGACGCUCGGGGGAGGAGACUGGGGCUAGGCAGCCUUUGGGAUCGGGUCCAGGAGGAGAACUUGAAGCCGGUGCUUAAGCUUGGUGAAGACAGGCGAAGGGGAAGACUGUAG